AUGUAUGGAUUUUCCAGUCCGGCAAAAGCAUUUCCCCGAUUGUUCGGUCCGUUCGCAGAAGUGGAGGCAAAGAUGGAGACCGCGUUACCUUAUGAACGGAUCCCACCGCUCACUGUCCCGGAGAAAUUCGUACCUGGAGAAGAUUUCGACGUUUGGGAAUCGCAGGUACGACGCUGUUUGCCGGUUUCCGUCAUCGUAUCGGGCAGAUGCGCCGGUUAA